AGGUUUCAUAAAGUGGAUCGCACAAACACAAACAUGGAUUGGAUUUUUUUUUGCGCCCUUUCCUGUGUUAAGAUAUGGCGUUCAAGUAUAGUGAUUAUGGUAUAAUCGUUAGCAUAGGUAACAUGUCUCCAAAAGAGUUGAGGGAAACAAUCUACCCCAGCAUUAUUCAUGUUACUGAUUGGCCGAAGCAAAAUAACUUACAGCAUAAAACACCAUCUAUCAUUGUAUGUGAUCGGAACUUCCACCUUUUACAUUGGGGAAUGAGUGCCUUUAACUUUAUACAAUCUGGUCAAGUAAAGGAUACUCAUCGAGUCUUUGAAAAGUUUAAAUUGCAACUCCCUUCGUCCAUUGCACAAAAAGGAGCUUUCCGUUGUACUGGAAAUACUAGCCAGCUCGAACUCUUAUGCCUAAGAGCUACAAUUGAUUACUUUAGGGAGCUUUUCGAUCAUACAGCUAGAGCUAUGCAAAAUGCAAAUAUAGUAAAUGGUUUAAAAAUUGACAAAGAAGAUAUUCGUUUUAUUAUCACCGUCCCAACACAGUGGAAUGACGUUCAAAAAUCGCUUAUGCGUUUAAUCGCUAUUGAAGCAGGGCUGAUUUCCAAAUACGACAAUGAAAACCGUUUGAAAAUCAUUAGCGAGUCUUCAGCUGCACUCCUCUAUUGUGAACGAAUACCCGAUAUGAAAACAUCAAAGAUUAAGGAUACCGAGUAUGUGAUUAUGUCAGAGGGUGAGAAGUAUAUGAUUUGUGAUGCUGGUGGAGGAACGGUUAGCAUUGCUGUCUUUGAAGUGCUCAAGCAGAGAGACCAAGAUGGCAAGGAAAGUUAUUGUAGAUGUCAAAUUACCGCAGAAAUUCGAAAGAACUGUGGAUCGGAAUAUUUGGAUCUUAAAAUGAAAGAAGUCCUUUUGGAUAUUUGUUUUGGUGCCGAUAAAAAAUCGUGGAAGGACAACAAGUUAAAAAGAGAAGAGCUUGCAUCAAUUAUAGCACCUCUGACGGACCAGUUUCUCGUAGACAAGACAAUUUUUGGACAAGCUAAGAGAGACUUUCUUCCUGAUUGCUGUCGUAAAUUUCGAGAAAUGUAUAGCGGCAACAGUAGCGACAGCAACUACGACAGCAACAGUGAAAGCGACAGUGAAAGCGAUAGUGACAAUGAAGGCGGAAGAAGUUACCCCAAUAGGGUUCCAGAAGCAAUUCCUAGUUGUGAGGGCUGUAAUUUUAGUGAGGGACUUGACGAAAAGUACGUAGAGCUUGAUGAUUUUGGUGAUGGUAAAGUUUCCAUUCCAGCAUUUAUAUCGUUCUUCCUAUAAUGAUUGUGUUUAUAGAUACGGUAUAUUUAAUUACGUGGGGUAAAAUAUUGGAUGAGCUCAAAUUGAUGCGAGGUCUGGACGGUGAUAUAAUUACAGACGAAGGUGUAACGGUCGAACAUGAUGAAAAUCAUUUUGAAAUUCGACUUUCAUACAAAUUCAUGCGAGAAAAGGUUUUUGAUGAAGUUAUCGAUAACACAAUUGAUCUUUUGAGGAGACAAAUAAAGAAAGCUAAUGGAAAUAUUAAAUACACCUAUCUGGUGGGAGGCUUUGGCGGAUCACCAUACUUGCGCAAACGUAUUCUAAACGAGUUUCCUUUGGGGCACCCAUUACACAUCGGGAGUUUAAUCCAGGAUGAUCGAGG